GUAAUCAUAUUUUAAUACAUCUUCAGUAGAGUUUUAUGUCACAGUUAAAGAUGUCAGUAAGUUAAUUAUGUCUGAAAUACACAUUCAACCUUUGUGAUUUACAGUUUUAUUUGUUAACAAGAGGGAUUGUGUUUAAUGACAUUGACCUGGGUGAAUUUAUAUCAUUUAAAUAUCUCACUCUUGAGCUCAAAGCAGAUUUAUCAGCACUCACCAUUACAGUAUAUUAACCAAAUAACCAAAUUAUUAAUCACUAUUUCUACAGGUAUUCUCAGAGCUGAUCUCACUUGGUAUCACCAGAUAUGAUUGGUUAACCAUGAAUAGAGACUUCAAUAUUCAUAUUAAUAAAAAGAAUGACUCCAAAGCUGUGGAGCUUAUAAAUUUAUUGGACAGCUUUGAACUCACCCAACAUGUAAAUGAAGCCACUCAUCAGCAUGGUAACACUUAGUUAUAACAACAGGGUUAAACAUUGAUAAUGUUUCAGUUUUUGAAUUACAUAUUUCUGACCAUCAUUGUUUGCUUUUGAUACCAACAUAAUCUUAAGAAAGGCUAAAAGGGUAUUUUUGGUUCAAAAGAGAUUCUUAGAUGGCGAGGCUGAAGAAAACUUCUCUAAUAUUACGAUAUUAUUUUAGCCACACAGUGAUGAUUACUCUUUAAAUGACAUGGUUGAAAAUUUCAACAAUACCUUGUCAUCUGCUUUAAAUACUGUUGCUUAAAAAGAAGUCAACUGACAGAAUCUCCCCAUGGCUAAACAAUAACAGCGUUAAUGAAAUCAAGAGAAUCUGUCGGGCAGCUGAAAGAAAAUAGAGAAAAACUAGGCUGACAGUUAACUGUAAUAUAUACAAAGAAGCCAUGACUGCCUGUAACAAAGCAAUACAUCUGGGAAGAAAUGAUUAUUUUUCCAAGCUAUUCAACACUGCCCCCCUUUUUCAUAUUCAUAAUUUCUCUGGUUUUGUUAGUUUUACUUGUCUUUGAGAAGUAUUCCACCAAAUAUAAAACAUGAGAUGACCCUGAAGCUAGGCUGAAAUACAAACUCUAAUAGUGGACCUUGGACAUCAGGGACAGAUCAACAAACACGCCCCAACUUUCCAGAGACCCUGUUGGUUCCCGGUGUCAUCUCCCUGCUAUAUCUGAAGCACAUGACUCUGGACUUUAUACAUUCUGAAUUCUGAGAUUCUACAUUCUGAGAUUUGAACUUUUGUUUGCGCCUUGUGAAUCUCUCUCUCUCGUUUUUUAAGCCUCACAGAUCGAGUGUUAAAACAUGGGAUCUGGACCCUAACAAGAAGAUUAUGAUAGGAUGUCUCUGGAGUUUUAUGAUACUGCUUCAGUGUACACAUGCAUCCUACCUGAUGUCGGCAUAGAUAAAUCCCUCCUGAAAUACUCUGGCAUGAACUCCAGCGCUGUAUUGGAGGCCUACUCUGAUAAGCUGGUCGACAGUGUACCAGGCUUCAUCGAAAGUCUGGGAUCUAGUUUGGGAGCACUGAAUUCAAUCCCAAAUGCUGUUGGACUUGGAGCAUUUCUGAUUUCCAUGAUUAUGGAGGUCUGCAUCAAAGGCUCCACACAAACAAGUGAUGAGUCAUCCGGCUUGCUCAAACGUGUAUUUGGUGAAGAGAAAGCCUCAGCUGUUCGGGACACAAUGUCAGAGUAUCUGAAGCGUCAUCACACAUUCCUUAACAAUGAACAGCGUUUGCAGGAGGAAAUACGAAGACUAGAGGCGCAGCUUAGCGGCCAUCUCACCACCCUCCGAAACUCCCUGCUGUACGACAGACAGAUGAGCUCCAGAGGGUUCAAAAUCUGGGUCAAUGGAGCCUCCUUCCACCUCCUGAUGAUAAUCCAUGAGGCACGACUGAACGUUCAGGCUGGAAAACGUGAAUCAGACUAUGUUGAUUCAAUUAAAGUUACCAUCGGUUGGUAUUUGCGGGAUCUUGAGAACUUGCUAGAGAAAUACAAGACUUACCUGACCAGUAUUACUUCGAUCUACAUUAUCAGGUGUUAUUCCCCCGAAUGUGCCAUAGUGAUUUCCCCAUCUUGUGAUCUUAAAAAUAAUGAGGCAACGUGUCGAAUAGGAAUUCGCUCACAGAGCGGUUGUUCAGAUUCUGAGGUGAUUGAGGGUUAUAUUAAAAAUGUUUUUUCAAGAUAUGAACCAAUCACAAGCUUGAGAAACCAUUUUUCAAAUAUGAAGAACAACAUUAACUCUCUAAUCAACCAACAUGAUCCAUUUACUCUGCCAUCAUUAACCUAAGAUCACUUUCCCCGUUUAGCUUAGUUUAGUUUAGAGAGACUUUGGCACUAAAAAGACUGUAACGUUGAAAGAUAUCUACUUGAUUUGAC